GAAUAGUAUCAACUUUUUUGUUUAUAAGUAAGACAUGUUGUUGUGGAUCAAAAAUCUGCAUAUUGAAUCUGAAUCGAUUCCUUAGAAACGAAUUAAAAGAAAACGAUGAUGUCUAGCGGAACGAUAGCAGGGAUCCAAGGGCAACCUCUCGAGGUUACUGUGGUGUGUUGCUCGAAAUUGAAAGACACAGAAUGGAUUUCAAGACAAGAUCCUUAUGUUUGCCUUGAAUACGCGACCAACAAGUUCCGAACCAAAACAUGCACAGAUGGUGGAAAAAACCCUGUUUUUCAAGAGAAGUUUGUGUUUUCCCUCAUUGAAGGCCUUCGUGAGAUCAAUGUCGCUGUUUGGAACUACAAUACUGUCACCUCUGAUGACUUUAUCGGCACCGGAAAGGUUCAAUUGCACAAGGUUCUCUCUCAAGGUUUUGAUGACUCUGCAUGGCCACUUCAAACUAAAAAUGGCAGACACGCAGGUGAAGUGAAACUCAUAAUGCAUUAUGCUAAUGCCAAAGUGAAUCACCAGAAACCUGCAGGCUCCUCAAGCCAUAUUCCUUACAUGGCAACACCGCCGGCAGUCCCGUUAUAUAAUCAGGUUCCUUCCUACUACCCACAGCAACAACCACACUCUAAUUAUCACAAUCCAGCAAUACCUGCUGCUGCUGCUUCUGCUUAUCCACCACCACCAUCUUACCCUGCUGCUUCACACAAUCCAUCACCCUAUCCACCACCACCACCAUCGCCAUACCCUCCUCCCCACUCUUAUCCUCCAUCUUCAGCCUAUCCACCGCCUUCAUACCCUCCACCUACAGGUUAUCCUCCAAACGCUGGAUUCUAUCCUCCGCCAUACUGAGUACUGUGACAUUAUGCUACUUUCUCAGAACCAUCAUGCUUUCGGUGAUGAUUAGUUUUUACAAGCUUUGCCCAGAUUUCUGCCUUAGAGCAUUUGUCUAAGUUUUUAUUUUGUAAUGCAUAAAAAACCAUUUUUAAUUUGUUGGCAUGACUUUCUGUCUUUCUAUUUAUCUAUCUAUCAUUCUAUUAAAACUAAGAUGUGA